CACAUAAAAAGCCGAAUCUCGUGGAAAAUACGAAGACCCGCCACCACUGGUAACGAGCUCGAAAUUCGCUCCGCUCUGCUCCAAUCCAAACCCUCUCUUCUCUCUCUUACAGAGAAGAAGAUACUCUACAAACCCUAACCCGUUGGUUACUCCGCUUCAUGGCAACCUCCCUCCUUCCAUCUUCUUCUUCCACCAUGACCUUCUCUUCUUCUUCCUCUUCUCUCUUCACCGGCAGUUCCCAUGCUCACGCUCUUCCAACCUUAAGUUUCGUCGACAAUUGCCGCGCUCGAGUCGCGCCUUGCAGCGUGAAAUGUGACAUGUCGGAUUCGUCCAAUUUACCCUACGGGAAACCGAUCAUUCCGGUUCUCAACGAGCGGACGCUGCCGAAAUUCUUAGAAUCGGCGAGGGCAGAGAAAACCGUCAGCAGAAACAGUAACCGGUUGAAAUUGUUUUCUGGCACCGCCAAUCCUGUACUCUCUCAGGAAAUCGCUCGUUACAUGGGCCUGGAACUGGGACAGAUUUCCAUAAAGCGUUUUGCUGAUGGGGAAAUAUAUGUACAGUUACAAGAGAGUGUUCGAGGUUGCAAUGUAUACCUUAUACAGCCAACCUGCCCUCCAGCAAAUGAGAAUCUCAUGGAGCUUAAAAUAAUGAUUGAUGCUUGUCGGAGGGCAUCGGCCAAGAAUAUCACUGCUGUGAUUCCAUACUUUGGAUAUGCUAGAGCUGAUAGAAAGACUCAAGGGCGUGAAUCAAUUGCUGCUAAACUUGUUGCAAACCUUAUUACCAAAGCUGGGGCAGACCGGGUUCUUGCUUGUGACCUUCAUUCAGGGCAGUCCAUGGGUUACUUUGAUAUUCCUGUGGAUCACGUUCAUUGUCAACCUGUGAUUCUUGAUUAUCUCGCCAGCAAGACCAUAAGUUCAAGUGACUUGGUGGUUGUUUCUCCUGAUGUUGGUGGUGUUGCAAGAGCACGUGCUUUUGCAAAGAAAUUAUCUGAUGCCCCUUUGGCUAUUGUAGAUAAAAGGCGCCAUGGGCACAAUGUUGCUGAGGUGAUGAACCUUAUUGGUGAUGUUAAAGGAAAGGUUGCAGUAAUGGUGGAUGAUAUGAUCGACACUGCUGGGACCAUUGCUAAGGGUGCGGCACUGUUACAUGAAGAGGGAGCUAGGGAAGUGUAUGCGUGCUGCACUCACGCUGUUUUCAGCCCUCCCGCAAUUGAGAGGCUGUCCAGUGGCUUAUUUCAAGAGGUGAUUAUUACGAACACCAUUCCCGUUACAGAGAAGAACUAUUUCCCUCAGUUAACUAUUCUUACUGUAGCAAACCUGUUGGGUGAAACUAUUUGGCGUAUUCAUGAUGACAGUUCUGUUAGUAGUAUUUUUCAGUAAACAAUCGUAAUUGCCGUCUGCAGUUAAAUUAGUCAAUCAAUAAAUGCUCUUUAUUUUA